GAACGAUGGCACAGUCACUAUCGACGGAGUCAUGCUCGUCGCUAAGUACGCUGGCAGAAACCGACACCACCGUGUCGAACGUGGUGGACGACGAAAGCAGCGAUGGUCUGGAACAGAGUAGGCCGAAGCGAAACGAGCGUCACGAGAAGCUCGGAUUCAAGCCGCAGAAGGAACUGUUUUGCAAUAAAUUUCUACCGUACGCGGACAAGCUGGACGAUGAAUCGCAGGCCAACCUGGAAAGCAUCAAGAACAAUCUCGGCAAGGUGGUGGCAAUGCGCGAGAUGGGCCCGGCGGUCAUGAUGAGCAUCCGGAACCUGGUGACAUACAUAAAGCUGUAUGGUAUGAAAUUUUCAAAAGAUGAUCACGUAAAGUUUGUGCAGUUGCUGCUGGAAAUGCUGGUCAUUCCCAAGCUCGAUCCCGACGCAAUCAAUAAAAUCAGCGAAGCUAUAUUUUUUCUCCUUCGAAAGCGCGAAUGGCUCAGCACCGAUGAUUUGCAGAUCGAAUGGAGACCGCUGUACGAUCUGUUCCAUCUGCUAGUAUCCCGACGGAGCAAAAAGGGCGAAUUGUUCAUCACCACCUCGAAGAACCAAAACGAAAACCCAAAAUCACCGUUGGCGAUGUUGCUUGAGGCCGCCGCCGAGAGGAUGGGGUAUGAGGUGUCGACCGUGGCUCAGUUUCUUGGCAUCGAGAUGGACGCUGAUGGACAGGAAAAAUCGGCCAUGGAAGGCAAUCUGCAGUGUGCGAUACAAGUCUGUACUCCAUACUUUCGCCCGGAGUCCACGCAGGAAAUAUUGGACGAGCUGCUGCCCAAACUACAACCGCUCGAUAAUGGGAGUGGCUGCGAGGUGGUCACCAUACUGAACAUCUUUCUCAACUACGAGCGAGGGUACGAGCUGUGGUUCGACAAGUUUAUGUCUAUCUGGAACGGAUACCACAAUCCACCGUGGGCGGCCGACUUUAUGACCAUGUACGCGGUCGUUGGCCAGAAGAACAUUGGUCACAUCGACUGGGAACCCUACAUUCCGACCAUGUUUGCGCGCAUUACGCGCUCGAUCAAUUUUCCCGUCAACUAUCGCAACACGAAGGGUGGCCGCACGAACGGUAUUCCACCGGAUGCCGUAGCGACCUGGAUUGUGUCGGCGCUCGGGCCACGCAGCAGUGCCCAGAGGUAUCUGAACACGUUCAUGAGCACGAUCGAAUCGUACCUGCAUCCGGCCAAUUCGGGCAAGUGGGUUAAAAUGUUGGGCGAUCUGUUGAACCUGUUGCCACGUUUCUUCAUCGAUCGGCUGGUAAUUGAACGGUACAGGAAGGGUCAUCACAUAAGACCGAUACCGAACGAACAUAAGCUAACGGAGGAGUGUAUAACGGCGUUCGUGGAGUGUAUGAAACCGGUCGCGUUGCAGGCAAUGUAUUCGCGGCUAAACACGCAGGAAGUUGGGAAAAUAUUACAAUGUUUGGCCGAUCUUCGUCCGGCGCUAAUCAUUCCGAGCAUAAUCGAGCGCGUGUAUGCGAGUCUGGAUUCGUUGACGGAACCGCGCAAACUAACUGCCGCCAUGCAUGGGUUGAUCGGCGUAUCGCGAGCACUCGUUUCCGGUCACAAGGGUUACACCGAGGGACGAACGCACGUGAUUCCACUGUUUCUGGCCACCCUGCCCGGUAUCGAUGGGAACGAUCAGAUGAAAACGGGCAUUACGUUCCAUUUCCUGACGUCGGUUGCGUUCCUCAUACCGAUCAUCGACUGUUCGCAGGCGGGACAGUACCACACGAAUUUGACCGACGACGAGCGGCUACUGUGCGAGCAGACGGCUGACUUUGGGGACUUUACGCUGCAGUAUCUGGAUCGAUUGUUUUUGCUGAUCGAAAACAGUUCCACCAAUAAUGUGCGCAUGGAACAGUCCGAUCUGGAUACGGCACGUUCGAAAGCGGAAUCGUUGCUGGAACCGAUGGUACAAACUUGUACGCACGGUAUUAUGGGCCAGGCAUCGGAACCGAUCAUAGCGGCCGCAGCAAAGAAGCUGAUGGACUUUGUGCAAACGCGCUUGUUCGAACCGAAUGUGGCUGGCCAGCUGGUGGGUUGUCUGGUACGACUGUUCGCACGCAUCCAUGGGAAGGAAGUGUUGCGUGUGCUGUUGCCCCAUGUGCUUCGGUUGAUUGAAGAAUACAUGGCAGAGCACGAGGAUGUGGAGGCACUCGAGAAACACAACGACGAAAUGCUGUACUAUCUGGUGCUGUUGAUGAAUCUGGUGCGUGGCGAUCCGCAGAUCUUCCGGAACUAUGUGGACGAUGUGCUACCGAUGCUUGACCGAUUGGCACGGUUUAAGUGUAAAAGGGUGUCACGCUACGUUGCACAGAUUGUCGGUAACAUGAUGAACAACAUGUCGACGCUACAAACGAUGGACGUUCGGAACAGUCCCGAAUGCUUCCAGAAACCCCUAUCUGAGGUGGUGCCGGUAAAGCGAUGGGGCGAAAAGAUGGCUCCCGACAGUAAGAUCGAGUGGCGCAUACCGGACGAAGAAGCGAGGCUCGUUUGUGAGCGGAUAAUGCAUCGCUAUCUGCCGAAGCUGUUGGAAAAACUUGAUCGACACAGUGCGGGUGAGGUAACAUUGCCAAGGGAAGAGUUACAUGCGAGCGUGAUGAUGGUUCAGGCAUUGAUACGCUGCUAUAACUUUCUGCCCAACUGGACGGACGAGGAACCGAUCGAACUGUUCGAAACGUGCGUAGACUUGAAGGAGUUACAGCUGAACGUAACGCUUGGUUUUGAAGAGCUUGAAAUACGCAUGCCAAAUGGUGAGAAUGUGCGAAAGGCUAUCAUUCGGACGAUUGCACGCCUGCAGGACCAUAUGCUGGCAGUGUCGGAGGAUGACACGCAAACGCUGAAAUCGAUAAUCGCUCUGUACGAGAAGGUUCUGCUGCGAAAGCAUCCAAACGGAUCGUACGAAAUGCAGCUGAAAACGUUCAACAGCACCAAACGGUUCCAGACGUAUCAGUUGACGCGUUGCAAGCGAGAUGUCCGUGCGGUCGUUGUGACGCGCUUCAUUAUUCAGCAGGACUGUCGGGACGAGAUGAAGCUACCGUACUUUAGUGGCACGCAUCUGGAGGUGAUGAAGAAGCUGCUGAAGCUGUCCGUGUCCUACUACUCCACGGUGCGUAUCGAUGCGCAGGCCAAGUUGCACGACAUGCUGUAUCUGUUCCCGUACGCUUAUCCGCUGCUGACGGACCGUAUCGUGGAGUGUUUGCAGCUUGACUCCAAUACGCAUCAUGAGCAGUUUAAGGGCAUCUUGUGUCUGCUGUUUAUUAAGCGUCGGGGGCGUCUAAUUACACAAAACAAUUGGAGUUAUCUGGCGCGUGUUUGGCCGGCACUGUUGCGUUCGAAGUUGUCGGAGAAAAAUUCUAUCGUCAGUUUGGUGGAAGGUUUGAAGAAGAUGAUCGAUGGACAUUCACCUACCUAUCUGCUAGAGGUGGAUAUUGGUGAGAAGGUGGUGGAGCAAGCACUUGCCCUGCGUACCCGUGCCGACGUGUUGGAUCUGGAGGCAGGCAAGUUGGCACGCGAGCGUGAAAACAAACGCAAUAUGGCACUUUUCCAGCAGUUGGUAGGAGAUAUCGUUGAGACGGUGGAAACUAGAAAGCUGCACCUUCGCUAUCAUUAUCUCGCUACGGUGAUGCUUAUCAACCUGUGCCAUCCGUACGCGGAACAUCCGCCAUCGGUUACGCGUCUGGCAGUACAACAUCUUAUCCACGAUUCUGUGAUCGAACGGAAGCUAGCGAUUCAGCUCCUGUGGGGCAUCUGUCGGCAGCAGAAACGACAGCAAAAAAAGAUCGCUAUAAAUCCGCUCGAAAUUGUGGCUCGUGUCGAGGGGAAAGAUGCAGCCGGCGUUGCUCCAAAUCCAGGCUCGAACGUUGCACCCGGCUAUCGGGAUGAUAACAUGUGGCUGCAGUACGACGUAGCCAAGGUGCCGAAAAAUCAAGAAGAAUGGGACGAACCACGCUACAUGUACACGUCCGAAGGUUGUUUCGGAUGGACGAAGAGUUUCAAGGUGUACGCGCCGAGUGCGGAACAACCGAAGCUAAACCGUACGGUGGACGAGAUGAACGAGCACGAGCGGACAAUUUUCGAGUUUUUCAACCAACAAGAAAACAUCGACACACUUGUGCGGUUCUGGUCGCUGGAGGAGAAAAAGGGCCGCGAUGAGUUUAGCAGUGCACGGAUGUUGCUGAUCAAGAUGCUGAUGAAGGUGUUUGGCGAUCAGUUGCUCGAUCGCUUGCUGUCCCACAUGAAGCGGCUGAUAGAGGACAAAGCGACCGAGGGUAAUCAUCGGUGUGCGGUGGAGAUAAUGACGGGCAUAAUGCGCGGGGCCAAACACUGGCCGUACGAGAUGACGCGCGAUAUGUAUGCGCAGAUAGUGCCACUUAUACGGUUGGGCAUGCAAAAAGUCACUGUCGAUACGGACGUUUACUGGGGCAUGUGCUUCGCUACCGCAGCACAGUCGAUGGACCCAUCGAAGCAGUACUGGCUGCAUGAGGUGCUGAUGGAAGAUCCGCUUCAGGAUGCAAACAGCUUUAGCGACUGCAACCGGUUGUACUGUUUGCAGGGUGCAUUCAAUCAGCACGUGUGGCGUAUGGCAAGUGUGGCCCACCGAUUGUUAGAUUAUUUGAAGCCCCAUCUGGACCAUCCGUUCCAGAACUUGCGCGAACGUUUGGGUAAUACGCUGAUCAACAUCUUUGAGGCUGAUCUUCGGUUCGAGGGUUACGAGUCGAGGACGGUUUCACCGCAGCGUAGUGAAAUGUUUGCCUACGUCAUGCCAAAGCUAGCCAUCCUGCUGCAAAAGGAUCCUGCACCGCCGAAACCGAAGACGGAGAAGAGUGAGGAGUCGAUGGAGGUGGAGGGUGGAGAUGGUGGAGCAAGUUCGGAAGAAGACAGUGAAUAUUUGAAAGCCGUCCGGCUGUUUAAAACAGUUGCACACUGGGUCACGUACACCAUUCAUCGGUACUCGAAUGGCAACGAGAAGGAGUACUUCGAGCUGCUUCCGAUAGCCUGCCGCCUGGAGCGAUCCGAGCACGACCAAGAGCUGAGCGAAAUCUGCACCCUACUGUUGGCCUUCAUAUCACAAGCAUUAACACUGCCAAACUGUAUGGACGUCGCACUGGCCAAGAUAGACGAGGUGUCAAAAAUGUCUUUCUGGUCGGCCCGCCGAGCAGUGAUCGAUGUGCUGCAGGUGCAGGUCUUUUACAACAUGACCAUCAUUCUGAGCCGGCCCGAAUGGAAGGCAAAGGUGCAGGAAAUCGUACUGCGGCUGCUGGAGGACAGUGUGGUCGAGGUGCGCGAGAAGGCGGCGGAGGUGUUGUGCGGUCUGGUACAUUGUUCAUUCCUAACGGCCACCGAGGAGCUGCUGGAGCUGUUUAAGCGCAAAUGCCGUACGAAAAUAAUUCGCUCCAAACGCAUCCGGGUGGAAACGACCUGUUCGAGCGAGGUAGCUAAAAAUGAAAAUGCGGAAGCAAAUGCCGUCCUAGCUCGGCAUACCGGUGUCCUCGGACUGUGUGCCUUUAUUUCCGCGUACCCGUACGAAGUGCCUGAGUUUGUGCCGAAUGUGUUUGAACAUCUCGGUGCACAUCUGAACGAUCCACAACCGAUACCGGCCACGAUUCGCAAAACGAUGGGCGAUUUUAAGCGAACCCAUCACGAUAACUGGGAAGUGCAUCAGCUAAAGUUCACUGAAGAUCAAUUAGCCGUACUGAGCGAUCUUACCAUUGCUCCCUCGUAUUACGCAUAAACUUACACACA